AUGAUUGUGGAGAAUUUAGAGAUGGCAGGAAGCUUUAAGGAUUCUUUAGUGGCAUUUUGGCUGAGGAGUGUGCAUAUCUGCAUUAGACUAAAGUUCUGUGAUUGGAGAUCCGUUAAUGCUUAUGAUCGGAGUUUUCUGUUAUUGUGGAAUAUGCGGAGUUUCUGCUUAGUGGUGGCUCUAGGACUUUUGUGUAAGAUGCUACAGUUUGUUUAUAGAAGUGGCUAA